AUGCUUGGAAACCCAGAUCACUUUUCAGUCAAGCAAGGGAAUACGAGGGUCAGUUAUGUGGCCGAGAGAAUCGGAGAGACUGACAUCGGCCGUGCCAAGCUGGACGGUGGAAUUAUAUUCUCAAACCGAUUCCUAGAUAUCGACACUGCGAUCGAGACUCUGCUGCCUCUGCGGGACGUGUCCCAAGGAGGUACAGUUGUCAUCGACAGUUUCGUCACCGGUCGCCAGGCACUGUGA